UGGUAAAUCGUAAGUGAAACAGCAAAGAUAAAGAUGCCAUUGGCGACAACACUCGUCCUCCAAGUCUUAUUCGGUGUGUCGAUAGCAUUAAGCCUGUUUGGUAACACACUGGUUAUCGCAGUUGUCUCGUGUCACCGCAGAUUGCAGACUUCUAUGAACUGCUUGUUAGCCAAUCUCGCCAUUGCUGAUUUUUUCGUUGGUUUAUUCUCUUUUCCAAGGACAUUUCACGCUGGUCUUUAUACACAUCCCAGUGGAUUGGCUGGAGAUAUCUUGUGCAAGACAUUAACUAACGGAAAUUUCAUUUACUUAGCAGCGGUAGCAUCGAUAUUAAUUUUGGUGUUCAUUGCCUGGGAAAGAUAUUUUGCCGUGAUUCAUCCGCUCAGCUCUCGCGGACGAAUAAACGCUAAGAGACUCCGUCUGGUGGUGGCUGUCUCUUGGGUUGCUGCAUUCAGCCUGGAGCUGAUUCCGCUCUGGGUUGUUAAUUUUAACGAGGAGAAGAAAAUUUGCUCCUAUAACUGGUCUGAUACCCUUCGGAAAAUUGACGUGUUCAUCUGGUGUAUCGUCCUCGGUUUGGUGCCACUUGGAGUCGAGGCCUGCCUCUAUUCCCGGGUGGUUUAUCGCCUAUGGGGUGGAAACAUACAAACCGUAAAUAUUUCUGAGCGUUCCUUAAUGCUUCAGAGGAAGAAGUUGACCAAAGUUGUCCUUUCCAUUACUAUUGUAAACGUUAUCUUGUGUCUUCCACUCGACGUUUAUUUCUUUGUCGAAUGUUUCGCUGGUAAGUCUGUGGCUGUGGACACAGGCACUUGGUCACCACUCUUCAAAUCAGUCGCUCACUUGAUGCUAGUUCUAAAUGCUGCGUGUAAUCCAGUGAUAUACGCAGCACAAGAUCGAAGCUUUAGACGAUAUAUUUGGCGCUUUUUGAAGAAGAUAUGCUGUUGGAAGAUACCUGCCAACAACUGAUUUUGAGCGGACAACCAACAAUUUCCUUUUAAGAAAGGAAAGGAUGGUGGAUAACUGUUGAGGACGAAAAGCGUUUUAUUUUGGGAAUGAAGUUCUUAGAGUGGCUUUUCAGAGCAAAAAAAACUUAAUUACCACCGAGAUGAAAGAGACAAAAGAGUAUUUGUUACCGAGUGGUUUAAGCCGCUUUUCGCUGCUACUGAACUAUACUCUGUAGCGCAUGGUCAUGACACACGAUCGAAAACCGACAGACAGGGUUACCAUUACCAUAGUGGAUUUUUUUGCGUGCCUCAACCAAUGAAUUCCGCGUUUUUCUCGCUCUAAGUACUAUGGAUUUGACCUACUCCAGUUCGUCAAUCUCCACGUAGAUAACCAGAACAAAUGUGUACAGUUAACACCAUCUCUUUUUGCAUUGUAUUGUACGCUCCUAGUUUACCUUAUAGGGGUUAAUUUAUUUAAAUAAGCCCAAAUUUAUCUGACAGCAGCCCAGAAAGAUGAAAAAUGGAGAAGGAAAAAAGAAGUUUAAUUUAAAAGUGAAGCGGUACCCCGAUACCUCCUUGCUUCCUCAAUUUAUUUGCAGUCGCUCUUUAGGCGCUCUGGAACACGCUAAUCCCUUUUGUUGGUGGUUUAACGGAUAAAUUUGAAUCGCAUUCAUGAAUUUUAUCGCUUUAAUGAGAAACACAGGGCCGUAUGUCAAUGAAUGAAGCUUUUUCUGACAAGAGUAACCUUUCAACUGAUCAUUGAAAAUAUGUUGAUGUUUAGCCUGUGUUAAAAAAAGCCACUAGCUGCAAUGUCGGUGGACUGUUACCCUUAUGACCGUACGGAUAUAUCUUCGGAUCCGUACCUUACAGUUGUCUUUAGUGGUUAUUUUAGGAAAUGUAAAUUACAUUUUAAAAGCCGAACAUAAAAUUAGCAUAGAUAUUCAAAAGCCUCAUCAAAUAACAACUAAUGUUGCAUGGCGCAGCCGCGCAUUGUUAUGAUCUAUCUGUUUCCUUUGUUAUUAGCAUUUUCAAAUCCACUCAGUGGUGCUUACGGGUAAGAAGUCUAUAAGUGACUCUCACUUUGUCCUGUGUAUUGUUUCGUGAGCUGAAUAUGUUACAUCUUCCAUCGGUGGGUGAUAUCCCUUGUUUCAAGUGAGAGAAGAUGUAGAGCUCCUUCAUCAAGGCAGGAGACGUUUCAACGCCGCAUGUCGACAUGUUGUUGCUUUCCGCUUUUGUAAUGUUUUUCUUUUUAAGAUAGAUCUCUCCGCUCAGCCGGUUGUUUAGACAUGUAGGCGUCGCCAUUUGGUAUACAGUGGAAUCAUAUCAUAAAGGUAGCAAUAAAAUAACGAUGGCCACCACCAAACCAAGAAGAAAAAUACUUGAAGCAACUCGUUUUAACCAGCGUGAAGACAUAAAAAAGCAACAAUUUCUAGGGCUCUUCAUGUGAUAGCCGUGGUCGUCUUAAACACUAACUGUUAAAAUACCAGUGUAAAUAUAAAUUAUUCAAUACAAGGCACCUUUUAUUGUCUUUUGUCAUUGUGACGUAUGUAAAUUGCAUAGAAAACUCAAUUUUAAAUUGAGAAAAAUUCAUCUAUGUAGAACGACAAAUACUGAUCUAAAUAUUGAGACUACGGAGGUAAAACAGUAUAGAAGUGUUUGUUAUUGUCGGUUAUGUAAAUAAACGGAUUAUACUGUUA